AUGGUUCAGUGGGAAGAGUAUCCUGAUGAAAUGGACUUGCUGUCACGAAGUCAAAUGGAGCUACACAGAACGAGUGCCUUAUACCAGUUAACGCCCGUAAUAGAUGAAUAUAAGGUUAUACGGGUCGGUGGAAGAACCGGAGCUGCACCACAUACUACGUUCGAUGCCAAGUUUCCGAUAAUACUCCCGAAGAAACAUCCAGUAACCAAGAUGGUUGUUGAUGAAUUUCACCGAAUCUUUCGUCACGGGAACUCGGAAACAGUGGUGAACGAAAUUCGUCAGUUCUACCAUAUUGCUCAACUGAGGACGAUCGUGAAACAAGUAGCCGCAGCAUGUCAAUGGUGUAAAAUGGCACCACUUACUGUUGCUCGUCUAUCGUCAUUCACCCGACCAUUUACGUACGUCGGUAUUGAUCUGUUCGGUCCCUUGUUAGUGAAAGUAGGUCGAAGUACGGAAAAACGUUGGAUAUGUUUGUUCACCUGUUUAACUACUCGCGCCGUCCAUGUAGAGGUUGCCUACAAUCUGUCUACAUCAUCAUGCGUAAAGUGCAUUCGUCGUUUUGUCGGUCGUCGUGGUGCGCCAGCCGAGAUUUAUACCGAUAACGGCACCAAUUUUCAAGGCGCUGAGAAUUUGUUACGAAAGCAGAUUAAUGCAAUACACAACGAACUUGCAUCAACUUUCACCAACACAGAUACUAAAUGGAUGUUUAUACCACCAGGAGCACCUCACAUGGGUGGCGCGUGGGAAAGAAAGGCUCGAUCCAUAAAGUCGGCCAUGCAGGUUGCGUACAACAACGAUCGAAAGCUUGAUGAUGAAGGGUUAGAAACGUUGAUUGUGGAAGCCGAGAGUAUUGUGAACAGUCGACCGUUAACGUAUCUACCUUUAGACGACGAUGAAGGGGAAGCACUUACGCCGAAUCACUUUCUGAUGGGAAACUCAAGAGGUGUUCGUCAGCCAACUGUACCGUUCAGUGAUCCAGUAUCUGCGGUUAAAAACUCCUGGAACCAGAUUCAGUACCAAUUAGAUGUUUUCUGGAAAAGAUGGAUCCGGGAAUACCUCCCAAUAUUGACAAGACGGAUGAAAUGGUUUGGUGAUGUGAAGCCAGUAGCUGAAGGGGAUCUACCCAGCAAACAUUAA